AUGGGCUGCAAUCAGAGCUCCGAAUCGAAGGAGGGCAAGGCGCGCAAUGAAGAGAUUGAGAACCAGCUGAAGAAGGAUCGGCUAAAUCAGAAGAACGAGAUCAAGAUGCUGCUCCUCGGCGCCGGUGAAUCGGGCAAAUCCACCAUCCUGAAGCAGAUGAAGUUGAUCCACGAGGGCGGCUAUUCAAGAGAUGAGCGGGAAAGCUUCCGAGAGAUCAUCUUCUCCAACACGGUCCAGUCCAUGCGCGUCAUCCUCGAAGCCAUGGAAAGCUUGGAGCUACCUCUCGAUGACCAGCGCGCCGAGUACCAUGUUCAGACCAUCUUCAUGCAGCCCGCGCAAAUCGAAGGCGAUGUCCUCCCACCCGAGGUCGGCCAAGCAAUCCAGGCCCUGUGGGCUGAUGCUGGUGUGCAAGCCGCCUUCCAACGAAGUCGUGAAUACCAGCUCAACGACAGCGCGAAAUACUACUUUGACAGCAUCGAUACUAUCUCUUCCCCUACUUACGUCCCCUCCGACGCCGACGUUCUGCGUUCUCGCGUCAAGACCACCGGCAUCACUGAAACCACCUUCAUCAUCGGCGACCUCACCUACCGUAUGUUCGACGUCGGAGGCCAGCGAUCGGAGCGCAAGAAAUGGAUCCACUGCUUCGAGAACGUCACCACCAUCCUCUUCCUUGUCGCCAUUUCGGAGUACGACCAGCUGCUGUUCGAGGACGAAACCGUGAACCGCAUGCAAGAAGCUCUCACCCUCUUCGAUUCGAUCUGCAAUUCCCGCUGGUUCACCAAGACCAGCAUCAUCCUCUUCCUCAACAAGAUCGAUCGCUUCAAAGAGAAGCUGCCCAUUAGCCCGAUGAAGAACUACUUCCCCGACUACGAGGGCGGCCGGGAUUACAAUGCGGCGUGCGAGUACAUCCUGAAUCGAUUCGUAUCACUCAAUCAACAUCCCACCAAACAAAUCUACACCCACUUCACCUGCGCCACCGACACGAUGCAGAUCCGCUUCGUCAUGGCUGCCGUCAACGACAUCAUCAUCCAAGAGAACCUGCGCAUGUGCGGCCUGAUAUGA